AGCUUAUAAAACGUUAAUUAAACUAACAAAAACAGAUAAUUUUCCGGCACUCACCUUACUAAGCUCGAAACUCAAAUUUUCUUGCAAGAAGCCAAGCAUGUCCAUUGCAUCAUCAUCUCAACAAUGUUUCCUGACCAAUGCUUUUAUAUUUACUCGCAAACCCAAAACUAAGCCUGUCAAUUCUGCUACUUUCAUCUCAUGCGGAUACCACGCAGACGACACCAAAGAUUCUGCCUGGAGAAAUGAGAAGCAGUUAGCAAAGCUAGCAAUAGUAACAGUGGCAGCUGGGGUAUUGACUCUGGGCUCAGUUGGUGAUGCAUCAGCUGCGAAAACGGGUGGUAGAGUUGGUGGUCAAGCGUUCCGGUCAUCAGCUCCUCGCUCAGCCCCAAGAGCCAACAGUAAUUCUAGGACCAAUAUUUAUGUCAAUCCACCAGUCGCCCCACCACUAGUUGGAGGGUACGGAUUUGGUUUCGGUGUGCCGUUCUAUGGCGGCUGGGGUUGGUCACCAUUUUCCUUCUUCGCUCCUGGUCCCAGUGUUGCAAUUGGUGUGGGAGGUGGAUUCGAUACUCUUGUCUUCUUUUUGUUUCUUGGUGCUGUUGCAGCUGUUGUAAGGAGAUUCCUUGGAUCAAGAGACGAAGAUGAUUAUUAGUAUAUAGAUAGGCAAGGAACAUUUUGAGACUAGGAUAAAGUGAUAAAUAGAGUUGUUCUGUUCAAAUAUUGGUAAAGCCAGUGUUGAAUUUAACUGUGAGAAUGUAAUGUAUAAUUUGAUGAAAUUUUGUGAAUGAUACAGCCAUCCACAACAUUGGAAUUUUCAAAAUACAUGGAAAAACGAGGAAAACAGAAAAAGUUCUCACAUCAGUUGUCUAGACUGAUGUCUGGAGGGGUCAUAACAUUGGUCUAUGAAGGGGUAUUGAACAGAACUUUAUUUACUUGUUUUUCGC